GAUAUUUCAUUUUUUCCUCUUUCUAUCACCCACGAUCGAUUUCUUGCUGCCGACUUUAAUUUACCUACACUGUUCGAGCAAAUUGUAUUUAUAGUCAAAACUCCUAAUCGCCAUCCCAAUUAUUCAGCUAUAUACAAACCUUUUUCCUUAAAAUUAUGGUUAGCAACACUGAUCACUUCUAUUGUGUUUGGAUUAAUUGCUUAUUAUAUUCUGAACAAGGAUUUAGCAUUGUCAGGAAAUAAGCAACAAUAUUCAAGGAAAAAUAUAUUUUGGUUUAUCUUCGGGACUUUUACGGCUAAAGGAGACGAUUUGUACAUUUUUAAACGAUUUCCAUCAAGAUUUUUACUGGGAAUAUGGAUUUUAGGUAUCAUGAUUCUUGUAUGGAGUUACAUGGGAAAUUUGAUAUCUUUUAUGACGUGUCCGUUUAUGAAUCAAGUACCAAGAACCUUUCAAGAAUUGAUUAAUUAUGUGGAAAAUGAAAAAUACACCGUGGGAAUUGAUAAAGAUCACGAUGCAGCAGUACAAUUAUUGCUUAAAACUAAAGCAAGCCGUUUACAAAUACUUAGAGAUGACAUUAUUUCUCAUAAUAAUUUUCUAACGCUUGAUCAAGCGAUGCAACGAAUACAAAAAGAUUCUCGUUUUGCAUUUAUCGGUUCAAAAAUAAUCUUCCAGCACAUCAAAGUUUCGAUGAAAUCACAAUAUUUUCUUGAAUCUAAAGACUCUGCAGGUAUUUUUGCACUUGCAUUUGGAAUGAGAAAGGGGUUUCCGUACAAAAAUAAAAUUUCUGAAAUAUUAAUUCGUGUGUUUGAAUCAGGUAUUGUAUAUAAACACGUAGGUGUUGAAUACUUUGAGCAAGAAAAGAAAGAAAAGCAUGAAGAAUCAGCCGUGAAAUCGUUAACAUUAGAAGAUCUCUUGAGUGCUUUCAUGCUUCUUUGUAUUGGAUAUAUAUUAUCUACUGCAGUGUUUAUAAUUGAAUUGUUAUUAUACCAAAGAUUCGUUAAGAGAAAUGUUGAUUAUACAGAUAAAAAAAUAUAGAUCUUCUACUCUACUAAACUUUACCUAAUACUAAAUAUUUUAUUAUUUAUUUAAAUAUGCAAAUAAUAACGUAUUUCUUUAUGCUAUUGAUGGCCGAAGCGUUUAAGGCUUCGACCUCUCACUGUGGAGACCAGAAUCGAAUUCAUACAGCAUAAAUACUAAUAAAGGUAAAUACUAAUUGGUGUGAAAGGUUAAAUUUUGUCUUCUGGUAGUGCUUAAACUACUUUAUUGAAAUUUCAAAUUUUUCUGAUAAGUACUCAACAUCUUGUUUAU